AUGACCACUUUUUCAACUGCGCCUUCCAUCGUUAAUAGCCUCGGGCCUAUAAAGGGAAAGCGUAUCAAAUCAACCCUGUUAGAAGACACUAGCAAACUAGAAAAACCAUGGCUCAAGGAGAAAGACCCCUAUGCUCGCGUCGCGUAUCUAUUGACCUAUGCAGUCGCAUUCCUUGGCGUCAUCGCAUCCGCCGUGAAAUGCUACCUUGGAUACAAAGGCGUACUGGUGAUCAACCCUGCCAAUCUGUGCAUGGUACUCGACGAGGAGUUUAACUCCGAUACCAACACUGUCUUUGGAUCAGGCGGAAACUGGUUCCGCGAGGUUGAACUCGGCGGAUACGGGAACGGCGAGUUCGAAAUGACCACUGCCUCGGACAACAACUCAUACGUCUCCAAUGGUUAUCUCUACGUAACUCCAACCCUCACAUCCGACGCCAUUGGCAUGAGCAACAUCUUCGAUGGAUACACGUACAACCUCACUGACUGUACUUACAAUCUCACGAACCCCGAGUCAAUUCCUGGCGGCACGAACUCGACCGCGUUCAAUCCUAGCGCCUAUUACCAGGCUUGUGGUGCCGUGAGCAAUAGCACAGCAGGGACUAUAAUUCCGCCAGUACAAAGCGCAAGAAUCUCUACCAGAUACAGCGCAAGCAUUAGGUACGGCCGAGUAGAAGUCCGGGCAAAACUACCUAGAGGGUAUCUCUGGCCAGCGAUUUGGAUGCUUCCUGUCAACAACACGUAUGGCCCUUGGCCCAUGAGCGGCGAAAUCGACAUCAUGGAGUCCCGCGGAAACGGACGGGAUUACCCAGAUCAGGGCAUCGACUACGUCCGGGGCUCUCUUAACUGGGGUCCACUCUCGUUCAUCAACGCCGUCUACAAAACUUUCGGGUGGUGGACACAACGGAGGACAGACUAUGGCGAAGCAUUCCAUACAUACGCCUUGGAAUGGACGGAUCAGUUCAUUCGUAUCUAUGUAGAUUCCCGACUGCAAUACAUGCUCCAGCUAACCUUUUCGGAACCCUUCUUCUCACGUGGAGAUUUCCCGGCUGUCGUAGAGAAUGGGACAACGCCAAUCGUGCUGGAGAACCCAUGGGUGAACGGGACGAAUGCAACGCCUUUUGACCAGCCAUUCUAUCUUAUUCUCUCUCUUGCGGCUGGGGGAACGAAUGGGUGGUUCCCGGACAAUGCAGGCAACAAGCCGUGGUUGGACGGAUCCAACACGGCGAUGAUGGAUUUUGCGUUGGCUCAGAAUACGUGGUAUCAAACGUGGGGCUCAAAUGGAGAAAGCCAGUCGUUCAUCAUCGACUAUGUGAAGAUGUGGCAGCUUUGCUGA